UUUCCUCCAUUUCUUUUUGUUUAGGUGGUUUCUUCUUGACCUUACAUCACUGAGGCUGUGGUGAUGCAGAUAAUAGCUUUCCUGAAGACGCUUGGAUGGAGAUCUUGCUGCCACGCCUAGCUGCAGCACACAGUCAUGUCGGGAGCAGUUGAGGUGGUGAGUUCACGCUUUAACUGGUGCUUUGCAAGGUGAUCUCAGGCUUAUGCAACUCAGCUGGGAGGACUGACACUGGCUAUCGAUGGAUUUUGAGAGAGACUGCAUAACCUAUUUGAAGUCUGGUCCAUUUCUCCAAGGCAUGGAAGAGAGUUACCAGUGACUUCAGGAGAGCCCUGGACCCCUGCUCUGCCUACAUCAGCCUGAAUGAGCCCUGGAGGAACACGGAUCAUCAGAUCAACGGUUCCCAUGGACAGCCGACGUGCGACAGCCAGAUCGACGGGGAGUGGUACCGCUUCACAGGCAUGGCUGGCGACGCCAUGCCCACCUUCUGCAUCCCGGAGAACCACUGCGGCACCCACGCGCCCAUCUGGCUGAACGGCAGCCACCCGCGGGAGGCCGACGGCAUCGUCCCGCGUCAGGCCUGCGCCAGCUUCAACGGCAACUGCUGCCUCUGGAACACCACCAUCGACGUCAAGGCCUGCCCGGGUGGCUACUACGUGUAUCACUUAACCAAGCCCAGCGUUUGCUUCCACGCGUACUGCGGGCAUUUUUAUGACAUCUGUGAUGUGGUGGAUUGCCAGGGUCAGUGCCUGGACACUGGUGACUGCACAUGUUCCCCAGGGACAACACUGGGACCUGACGGACAGACGUGUCUCGAUGAAAAUGAAUGUGAGCAGAACAACGGAGGCUGCAGUGAAUUUUGUGUUAACCUGAAGAACUCCUACCGCUGUGAGUGUGGCAUCGGGCGCACACUGGGAAGCGAUGGGAAAACCUGUGAAGAAAUUGAAGGCUGUCACAACAACAAUGGAGGCUGCAGCCAUACCUGUAUUGAAGUAGAAAAUACAUACCAAUGUGAAUGUCCAAGGGGGCUUGUUCUGUCAGAAGACAACCACACUUGCCAAGUUCCAGUGCUGUGCAAAUCCAGCUCUAUUGAGGUGAGCAUCCCAAAGGACCUGGUUGGAGGCCUGGACCUUUCCCUCAUCAACACUUCAUGCAAAGGAGUAUCCAAUGGUACUCAUGUCAACAUCCAUUUCUCCUUGAAGUCCUGCGGCACUGUUGUAGAUGUAAUAAAUGAUAAAAUCAUUGCCACCAAUCUGGUGACUGGCUUGCCAAAGCAGACUCCAGGGAGCAACGGGGACAUCAUUGUGCGCACCAGCAAACUGCUGAUCCCGGUGACAUGUGAGUUCCCACGCCGCUACACCAUCUCGGAAGGUUACGUGCCCAACCUCAAGAACUCACCCUUGGAGAUCAUGAGCCGCAACCAGGGCAUCUUUCCCUUCACUCUGGAGAUCUUCAAAGACAAAGACUUUGAUGAACCCUACAGGGGUACUCUUCCUACCCUCAAGCUUCGGGACUCUCUGUACUUCGGCAUUGAACCCUUGGUACAUGUCAGUGGAUUAGAGACAUUGGUAGAGAGCUGCUUUGCCACUCCCACCUCAAAAAUUGAUGAGAUCCUGAAGUACUACCUGAUUCAAGAUGGCUGUGUUUCUGAUGAUUCGGUGAAGCAGUACACGUCAAAGGACCAUCUUGCCAAGCAUUUCCAGGUGCCUGUUUUCAAGUUUGUGGGCAAAGACAACAAGGAGGUGUUCUUGCAUUGCCGCAUCCUGGUGUGCGGGGCACUGGACGAGAGCUCUCGCUGUGCCCAGGGCUGCCGGAGGCGGGUGCGCCGGGGGGCUCAGGCGGAGGAAGAGGAGGAGGAAUCUGUUCACGUGGCAAACCACAUCCUGACGGGCGGCCCCAUCAGAAUCGACUUUGAUGACUAACCACCUGCUAGAGCAGCAUCUCCCUCUGAGAGCAACCUUCCUUAUCAAUGCCUUCUUUCCUGGUUGAUUGAGAAACAAGAAGCAUUUGAUGAAGCCCCAGUUGAACCUCAAGACUUGUUUCCCUAAUGGUGUGAUGAUGAUUUGUGAAGUCUGUUGGGCAUGAGCCAGCCCUGUGGGUGCAACCCGGGCUGCAGAAAGAUUUGGUUUUACCUACGUUUCUUCCCAGCAGCCCUUGGGUUGAAGGGACCCUAUUGCUUUGCAGGCCUGAAGCAUUCUCCAGCUUUGUCCUUCCCUACAUCUGCCUGCUGGCUCCACAAGACUGUUCGUCCUUGUCUAAAAUGUUAUUCAGACCCUUCUUUCAUCAGGCAAUACAGAUAGUUCCAUAGCUGAAUGUGUUUGCUGCUCAGGUCUGUGAAUAACACUGAAGCUUUUGGAUGUGCUUGGAUUUUGGAUGACCAUUAAUAAAAAAUGUAUAAAAAUAUUCACUCUUCUAACAUACAAGUUCCUCAGAGCUGUGAAACAGUUGUCAUUGCAUGCAGCUAGAGCUCUGGUUUAUCACAGGCACAUUCAAGUGUUAUUUUAAAAUAGUAAAAGGUAUUUAAUAAAAUUUGGGGUUCUUGGUCUCUGUUGAUAAUUGCAUGCAGUUUAGCAGUAUUUCCUCUUGUUAUUUAGCAUAUUGUUAUUUUUCUCCCCCUUCUCCCUUCCCCUCUAAAAAUGUGGUGCCUUUCAUAAGUGCUGCAGCAUCUUGUUUGUAAGAAAAAGACCAUUAAACAUCUAUAAACA